AUGAAUAAAACUAAUGAGGUAGAUGAUUGGACAGAAUGGCUAGAUGACGAUGAUGAAAAAAGAGAAGACGAAUUUCAUAUAGAUUCAACAAAAGAUGAAGCCAUUAAAAAAAAAAUUUUACAAAAUAAUUUAGAUGAUAUAGCAGACUUUUUAGAUAUAGGUGAUAAUAAAAAGAAAAAAGUAGAAGAAACUGAGAACAAAGUAAAACCUAAAGUAACCGAAAAAAUUAUAACUCUAGAAAGUACCCCAUUAAAUAGUAUAAAAGAUUGUGAAACCUUAGGUGAAAUAUUAGCAGGAAGAAUACGAAAAUGUAAAGCCAAGAGUGUAGCAUUAGAAAGAUUCAUAUCAAUAAUUAUUACAGCAAGUGAAAGUAAAUUAGAAGAUAAAGAUCUACUAACCGUUAGUAGAAAAUUACAAGAAAUGGUUACACAAAGAGAGAAAAAAAAAAGAUAUGCACAAAUUAAUAAAAAGAAACCAAACGAAGUUAAAAAUUCAAUUAAAAAUUAUGAAGAUGAAGUGGAUAUGAUAUAUGGUGACUUAUCCUAUGAUGAAGAUGAUUAUGAAGAAGAGGUUGUGGAUGAAUACCUUGAAAAUUUUUAA